UUGCCGGUUCAGAACACCUCUAGACGAGACUCAGGGAAGGAAGGGUGUAUCCUCUUCUUACAAGCUCUCAUUAACACUCACACAGCUGAUACACUCUCAUAGGCGCCUUAAACACACACUCUCUCGGCUUCCAUCCUACAGUAACGAGUCCUGUAAUGCUGGAAGCUUCACAACCAUGCGUCUAUCGGCAGUGUUAAGCUUGGGUGUGGUGUUGACACUCGUGGUACUCCCAGCUCCAGAGUGCCACGGGCAGGAGAUCUUGCAGUCUCUGCUUGGUGCCGUCACUCAGCAACUGGUCGGGUUGUGGAAGAACGGUGAGGUGGAGCUCCUGGGCCACUACUGUCAGUACUCUGUCUCUCCCAAGUUCAAGAGUUUCGAGCUGUAUUUCAGAGGCAGGAUGACCUGUCCAGGCUGGACCCCAAUCAGAGGAGAAGCUGAGAGCAGGAGUAGUACGGGCAUCCUGGCGGCCACCACCGCUGACUUUGUGAACAAGGCCUUCCAAGCCGGCCUCAUCACGGAGGACGACGCCAAGCGCUGGCUCAACUAGAGGUCGGCGUUCAAUCCCCGACCGUCCAAGUGGUUGAGCACCAUUCCUGUCCCUCCGUCCCAUCCCCUAACCUUAUCCUGACCCCUUCCCAGUGCUAUAUAGUCGUAAUGGCUUGGCGCUUUC